UGAAAAACUAAAAUUACUGUGCAGCUUGGCAUAUUCUUUGAUGUAUAGAAAGGCACAUUAAACGAGUGGGUAAUCUUACCCACUAAGCAAUGUUAGAUACUGUACUUUCCAUGUACUAACUUGUUUUGGAUGCAACCCUUAUUUAUCAUUUGCUGUGAUGAGCACAAAGUAAUAGUAGCAUACUCAGAUUGUUUUGUCUUAAAAUAAUAAUUAUUGCCUUUAAAAGCUUUUUUUGUGUGUCAGAAUGACUUUUUCAACAUAGCAAUUGUUUACAUCUAGUAUUUCAAUCCUGUAGAAACUCACAAUAAGAAACACAAAAUGCGAUUAGAGAAGUUACACGAUGGAUAUUUGUUUGGCGCUCAGACCCCAGAGGAAGACAUGAAUGCUGAUAAUUCAUGAACGUCUUAGGAUUAGAAUUAGAAUUGUCUUCCCCCAAAAGACCGAGGCCAAACCUAGGCUGAAAUGUAAUAGAAUGACAGCAGGAAAAGAAAAGUAAAAUGCCGGAAAUACCGGGCUAUGAAGUAGAUAUAGAAUGAUGGGUGAGAGAAACGAGUUAGAUAUAGAAAGAGCAGCGUAGGUAUGUAUGUAAUGGGCCUCGACGGCAUGAAAAUGAUGAAUGGAUGAACGUGGUGAGCCCACGUUAGGCAUAGGAAUGGAACAUGAGGCCCGUAGGUGGGGUAGGAGAGAGCCCCAAAAUAAAUAAAAGAAACAAAAACGAUGAAUGAAUGCUGGAGAGUGCCCCUUCGUAGGCUUUCUCUUGCGAAGCUUGCGUGUAGUGAGAGCUUCAAGCAUGCAGAGGUGCGUGAGCGUGUGGAACGUGCAAAAGAUGAGUGAGCUGCUUGAAAUGAAUAAGACUUUACCCCAGAGGUUGAACCUGCUGGGAGGAGAAUGAAAGCUGACGAGGAGGUAAGAGAAUGAAUGAAAGGUAUUCAAGAUGCUGACAAGAACUUUGGGAAACAGAAAAUGAAUGAGAUGAAUCAAACCUGAGAUGAUAAAACAAUUUAAAAGGCCAUCCAUCACCAGUAAUUGCAUGAAAUCCUACUUAGGAUUUGAGAGGCUGUUUAGUUCAAAACGAAAGGAAGUCUGAACAUAUGAUGCAUAUGAUGGAAGAUCAGAAGCCUAGCAGGCAGAGAAGGGGAAGGACAUGAAUCUGACCAAAGUCAAGGGAAAGGAAACAUAACAAAUUGUUGAGCAAGAACUAAAUUGAGCCUAACGAGUGAAAGCGAAAGAAGAAGCAGACUGGCUGGAGAGGGAAUGAAAUAAAUUGCUAAGGCUGAAACGCGCCUGAUGAGGCGUGUAUUAGGAUCAACCUAACUAAGCCUGGCGGAUGCAAAUGUGGGCGAGCCUAACAGGCAAAGGGAAAAUAAGUGAUAGCUGACGAGCAGAAGGAUGGAAAUUUGGUAAACCUGACUAUGCGAGGAGAGAGAAGGACUUGGUCGUGCCUGAUGAACAAGUAGGAGAAAGCACGGAUAAGUUAAAACUAAAAAAGCCAACCGUCACUUAUUUAUGCCAAAGCUUCAGAAUAAGUUAAAAAACAAAACGAUCGGAGCAAAGGAUCGUAAGGAGACUCCCACAGCCUGGAGUCAGGCUGUGUAAUGCAAUGAUUUGAAAUGUCUUGAGAAUAAGUUAAAUGGCAUGAAGAGAGAAAAGCUUGGUGUGGGCUCAGAACAUGAUCUUGAUAAAAUUGAUGCCUGUUAAUAGGCUGCAAGUGUAGGGGAGCUUGAAACGACAAGGUCAAAAGACUGAGAUAAUAAAAGCUAGAACUGACUAAAAUGAGAAGCGGGUAAAAUGGUGAGUAAAGGGAGAGCAAAAUUUACAAAGGUUUGCCGGGCGAAGAAAUUACAAGUUUAAUAUGCGUGGUAAAUAGGGUAAGAGAACUCAAAGGAAAAAGGCAAAAGUUAAAGCAGGAUAUAGUUAGAAAUACGUAGGUAAUAAGUUCUGUAUAUUCUUAGCUAUAAUGAUGAGUUCUCGUGCAAGUUUUGACAACAAAUGAUUGUGAAUCAUCUGUUCAAGAGGCUGGUUUUGGACCAGGACUUGAGACCGAAAACUGGAGCGAGUCAGCCGGGAGAAUGACAUCACGUAAAGAAAGAAAUACCAUCUGGAUCGAGAGGAAACUGGGGUGGAAAGCCAGCAGCGAGAGUUGCUGGGCAGGAGGAGUGCUGGAAGAAAGGAAGACGAGAACAAAGAACCCUCUGAUGGCUAACGAGCUGCUGGUGCCGGAUGACUGCUCGAAAGAGAAGCUGUUGGCGGGGACGACCGGGUGAAGUGGUAGAAGGAGCUGGGUUGCAGGCAGGAGUAUCUCGUAGAUGUUUAGAAGGAGAAUCGAAGCUUGUCUGACAGCUGAAAGAUCCAUGGAUGGGAGUCUUUAAAUGUAGAGCCUUGAAGGAUCAUUGGCUGAGGAUUAUUGCAGACUUGAAGCUGAUUGGUUGGUGCGGAGACACACGGAGAAGCCAUUGGGUAAAGCUGGAGGAGGGUUUAGAGAUAAAGCGACUACCCCACAUCCCACCAGCUCCUGAGGAAACACAGACCUACACCUUCUGAUGUGGUGUGGCUGUUUUCGGAUAGGAGGCGACACAAACUGAAACUUCCAUUUCACUCUUUAUUCAAAACUGGUGGACUAUGCUUAAAACAGUGUCCAUGUAAGAAAACCAACUGUUUUAAAUGAAGUCUACCAUUUCUGGUGGGAAAGGUGUUCAAAUCUCCUGCAAGAAAUAUUAAAGAACCUAACUGACAACUACAAUAAGUAUGUAAUUUUUCUGCAAUUUCUUAAGGGACAUUAAUCCAAAUAUUAGUGUAUCAUAUCUGAGCCUUUCUCUACUGUUGGCAUUUUGUAGACUAUAGAAAAUCCAAAAUAAUUUCAAACUGUACCACUUCAUUAUUUUAUAAUAUAUCCGUUUAUUAUUAUGCAUAUUCAAGCAUGAAAAACUAUGGUUAAAUGCAUCAACAGCUCAGAUUUACAUCACCUUCAAGUCCAUGAUGAGUGUAUGUAAAGUUCUGUCCAGAACUGUAUCUCUGCAUCUUUUUAUAUAAAAUCUUCAGAAAUGCUUAGUCUUUAAUGUGUUUCCUCUCAUUCCUUAACUUAUUUUUUCUUGUCUUUAUUCCAUGAUCAAAUGGAAGGAGCCAUUCUUAGGAAGUCCUGUUAAUUCGAGAUCAACCAAACCAUACCUCAUUGGAUCAUCAAGGACCUGUUAUACUGCAUUUAAUAGCAAGGAAGCAUCUACAAGAGCUGACCAGCAGAUUUGUUCUUGUAGGACAGAUUAAUAAAGGGCUUUGUGUGGAUGUCAGCAUGCAGCCAACAGGACAGAGCAUGUCAUCUGGAACUUUUCACAAAAUCCUCCGACCGCUUCUGUUCAGUAUUUUUAUUAUCGGAUGUUUUGUAACUGUCUUUUUCAUGUAUUUUAAGCCAUCCACCAGCUGGUUAAAUGGUCAAUUAGAGUCAUCUGAUUCCACAAACCAUAUCAAAAAUGUCUUUACCACAAAAAGGGACAAAAACUUGACCACCGUUCUUGUCUGGCUGUGGCCCUUUGGACAAACCUAUGAAGCUAACAUCUGCAGCUCCAACUUUAACAUCGAGGGCUGCUUCAUCACAGGGGACAGAAAGUUCUACAACAAAUCGGACGGGGUCGUCAUCCAUCACAGAGACAUUGCUGGGGACCUGUCCAACUUGCCGAAAUCGCAGCGGCCCCCAUUCCAGAAAUGGAUUUGGAUGAACUUGGAGUCGCCUUCGCAUUCAGCCCAGUUGGCUGGGAUUAAUAAUUUGUUCAAUCUGACUCUCAAUUACCGUCAGGAUUCUGACAUCCAAGUGCCUUAUGGGUCUAUUGUAGCAGCAGAGACUGUGGAGGACUUUGUACCACCAAGCAAAAAUAAAGUGGUCUGCUGGAUUGUCAGCAACUGGAAUCCUGAGCACGUGAGGGUAAAAUAUUACAAUGAGUUGUACAAACACAUUGAGGUUCAUGCAUAUGGACAUGCAUUUGGGAAGUACAUCGCUAAAAACGAUUACAUCCCUACUAUGGCCAGCUGUAAGUUCUAUUUGUCCUUCGAGAACUCGAUCCACAAGGACUACAUCACGGAGAAACUGUACAACCCGCUCUCUGUGGGCACGGUGCCGGUGGUUCUCGGCCCACCCAGGCAGAACUACGAGAACUUUGUUCAAGGAGACGCUUUUAUCCAUGUGGAUGAUUUCAACUCACCCAAAGAGCUGGCUGAGUACCUACUUCUUCUUGAUAAGAAUGAUGAACUGUACCUCGGCUACUUUAAAUGGCGGCAGCACUUUAAAGUAAAAGUAGUGAAUUCCUGGGCACAGCACACAUGCCAGGCUUGUGAUUACCUGAACCGGCACAAAGAAUACAGGGCAUUCAAUAACCUUAACAAGUGGUACUGGGGCUGAUGGUCCCCAUACAGGCUAUUCAGCACUAAUUACCUCAACAUAAAGUGGUACUAAGGACACAUAUACAACUUAGUUACCUGUUGAGGUAAACAUUAAGGUGAAAAUCUUUAUGUAAUAUUUAAUUGAAGAAUUGAAAAAAAAAACGUCUCAUUUGUGAUAGUGAAGAAGUCACCUAUGCACAGCACUGAAGUCAAAUGUGAAGGUUGUUUAACACUGUCAAGCAUAAGUAUGGAAAUCUGUAGCUAUGUUUAAACAUAUUCUUUUAUGUUUACAUUUGGACUGUGAAUCUUUCUUUACGUUUGGUGGAGAAAUAUUGAUGAUUUAAGGUCAAUCCUUUGUUCAGUGCUAUGUGAAGAAACCAGAUUUUUCUGCUCUAAAUUCAGUUUUGAGGUGGGUCGUCCUUCAGGUUUAUAAUCAAAUUUUGAAAGUUAAUAUUACACGGUUAUCUGAUGACUUACAACAUCUUCACUGUAGCGGAAGUCUCAGCACAUGGUAGCGACCAGCUACUAGUCCCCGGGUGAAAUCCAUUAACUAUGUUUAAAUGCACGGGCUCAGCUGUUAUUAGAGGUCCGUACACUGGGCGGAACUUCCAGGGGACCACUAAUCACAGAGCUGACAGAGGGUGCGUCCCAAUUCAGGGGCUGGAUCCUUCGAAGGACCCGGUCUACGUGGGCUGGGUCCUUCGUCGACCUCCAAAACCACGGAGGCCGGAAAUGAGCAGCUGCGGAUUGGGAUGGUCUAGCCUCACCGCCGGGAAGGCUGGCGAGGCAAGCCGGCAGUUACUAUGGCGGGAGCGGAAAACUCCGAACACGUCAGACCACGUUUGAAAUUAAGCGAUGUCUUGAUAAAUCAAGCAGAUAUUUCACGUCUACAUAGUUAUAUUCCCACACUAAAAACAUUGUAGAAGUUAAUUUGUGUCACAAAAAGUCUAAUUUUUCAAACUUUACUCACAGCUUUUGCCGCUGUGGUCCGCCAUGGCUGACCCUGCUUGACCAAUCAGCUUCGACCCGCAAUGAAUGAUGGGAAAUGAUGGACCGCAAAGGAUACUCACGACCCAUCCUUCAAAUCGGGCAAAAGAAGGACACAAUUGUCGGCCGUAUUUGAAGGAGUCUUGGAAGGAUUUAUGAAUUGGGACAGUCUUCGUCGCCGCGCUGUGACGCAAUCGGCCUACAAAUACGGCCUUCGAAGGAUCCAGCCCCUGAAUUGGGACACACCCAUAGUCUUUGUCUACCUAGCAACAGAGCUGGAUAAAUUCUGAAUUCUGGCUGCUUUUAAAUAAAACUGUAAAUUAACACAUACCGUGCAA